GAUUCAUAGAAGCAGAGGAGGAUGAUUAAUUUCAUGGUGUAGAACAGUGAUUCCCAAAGAGCAGCCCAUGGAUUCGUGGUGGAGGAGCUUCUGAGGCGCUGUCAGAGGGUCCAUUAGGCGAAGAGCAUCUCCAUGGAAUCGUUUGAUGUGAUCUUGGAUGAGAACCAGCUUGAGGACGCCUGUGAACACCUGGCCGACUACCUGGAGGCCUACUGGAAGGCCACCCACCUGCCCAGCAGCAGCCUCCCCAACCCUCUCCUCAGCCGUACUCUGGCCACUUCGACCCUGCCCAGGAGCCCGACUCUGGCCUCUCACUCACAGGGUCCUCCAGGCAAUCAGAGGACGGAUAGCUCAGCCCCGGGCUGGUCUGCUUCCCAAGUUGAAGCAGCAGCCUACCCGGAGCCGGUCUGGAAACCCCAGCACUGGUCUUUGUCCUCCACCCAGCACCACAACCACUGCAGUGGUGCCGGCUGCAGCCUCUCCGGGCAGGAGACGCUGGACUCAGAGACACAGGAGAGUCGAGACUUCACCAAGGAAGAUUCCUGCCAUGAGCCCGUGGACCACUGUGCCGCCCACCGUGACCACAGCCACAGGGCGGAGCCCCACAGAGGUGGCAAGCACAGACACCGCGAGUCCCGGCUACACCACAACGAGUGCAGCAUACAGCGGAGCCGCCACAAAUUCAAGGACACAGAAGGGCUUGCCAGGAAGUGGAACGAGGCUGGGGACUGCAAUAAGGAUGUUUACAUCCGCCAGUGACGUUCCUCCUUUUGUGUUGUUGGGGGUUGGUUGGUUUUUUGUUUUUUGGUUUUUUUUCGGUUUUUAAAGUCUGGUACACCACCACCCUCACACUCAGUCUGGAGGGCAUCUACAUCGCAGUCAUAUUUGAACUGUAUAUUUUGUACCUACUGCUUAACUAGCAAUAGCAUGAAAUAGGGUAUUAAUAUUCUUUUUUUCCUAAGUGCUACCUGAAUUGUCCUGGAAGGCUGCCAUCCUCUCCUUGCGGACUGGACUAUUUCAACUGUCUGGGCUUGAACAAAAUCUUUUGCCAUCCCUAUGGCAUUAGUAUUUUAAGAUGCAUAG